AUGAUGCAGAGAAUGUUUCACUUCCACUGCAAAGACAAGGCCGUUAGUAGCAAUAUAAGAGCUAAGACAAGGCCGAAUGAGUCUGAACCAAAACCAGUUGUAGCUACAUUGUCUCAUCUUCUUGUCCUUGAGCUUGCAUUUGAAAACAAUCAAAGAGGUGAUGAAAAGCAGAAAAGAAUGGUUAAGCAGCGUCUGAAAAUUUUAUCGAGUUUUCAAGAGAAGAAGAAAGAGUUGAAUAGUUUCAUUACAGCCAAAUGGAGAGCUAGUAGGAAGAAGGUUAGUUCGUGGAGAUUGGUUAAGAUUCCCUCCAAAUUUACUGUUGUUGGUCUCAAGAUGAAAAUGAUAAGGUGUCUCGUGAAAAAGAAAGUGAGAAAGCAAUUUGAAAAUGAAAGUGUUGUUGAUGAUAAUGAGAAAGAGCUCUGCAAAAAAAGGAUUCUGAUGGGACGAAGAUGCAAGCCAUUGUUUUCUCCUAGCCCACGCUACUUGAGUUAUAAUAAGGGCAGGCUUCUCUUACCAGAAAUUGCUUCUUGA